CGUUAUCCUUCAUUAGUUGCAAUCCAUUAUAAUCCAGUAAAGGCCUUGACCUGAGGCUGCAUUGAAGCGUCUCACCUGCUAGACACGGCAUGCCUUUGCUCUCUCUCUCUAACCCACUCUCACCUGCAGCAGCACAACCUUAAGGGAGAGUUUUCAAACAGAAUAUAAUGCCAGAACACUCAGCCAUUUAGCACAUGACUCAUAACGUUCAGUAUUUAUUCGAGCAGCGGGCCAGUUGGCAUCAAACCACCAUACAUCAGGCCUGAACACAGCAGCAGCAGAACAUCUCACCUCCAUGUUAUGACAGCAGCUUAGAUGAACGCUUUUUUAAACGUGCUCUUUGUACAGAGCAUGUUUCAGUGUGAUAUUGUAAAGGUGGAAUAUAUAUAUGGCAGGAACUGCACACACUGAGAUCUUCCUAUCCAUGAAGGACCAUCCCUACCAGCCCUGAGAACCAUGGUAAAGUAGAAGAAGUCUUGAAAAAAAAAAGACAAUUGAGGAAAGUGUGGUUCAAAUGAGGAGCAGCAUGAGAAGGUUUUUCAAAGCACAGCGGGAUGAGGAUUACAGUCAGAUCCAGUAUCUGACGGCCAAGUGCACUCGCUUGGCUCAUGAAAAAGCGGUUGUGGACAGAGAGUUCCUCUUGUCCAGUGAGAGGGAGAGGAAGCUGCUGAACGACCUGAACACUGUGACCACACGACUAGUCCAGCAGGAGCAGCUGAACACGGAGCUGAGGAGGAAGGAGAACCAGCUCAUCACCAGGAUCCACCAGCAACAGCGACUCGUGGUCAAACUGCGUCAACACGUGGUCCUGCUGCUGGAAGACAGCUCCCAGAAUGCCGAUCUGCUGUGGCAGGUGGGCUCAGAGCUGAUGUGUCUGCAGCGCUCUGAGGUGAGGCUGGAGAGUCUGGUGGAGGAGCUGAACGACGAGGCACAUCACAGAGCUGCUGAGGCUGAGAGCCUCCAGGAAGAGCUGCAUGCUGAGGCCCAGCUCAGGGCAGAGCUGCACGCUGAGGCCCAGCUCAGGGCAGAGCUGACUGAGAGCCUCCAGGCAGAGAUUCAUGAUAAGACAAUGGAGUUAGAGGAGCUACAGGAAAUCACCAAAGAUCUGACUGAGGAGGUAAAGAAUCUAACCACAGCCCAUCAAACAGAGGUGAUGGUACUGCAGCAGGAAAAUGAGCGAAGCCUGCGGAAACUACAACAGACGGCAGAGCAGUUUGAGUGGCUGUGUCAUCAACAGCGCUACUGGGUGUGUUGUGUUAAAAAGUUCAAAGACGGUCUGCUGGAGGAGAGAGAAGGUCUUCUGCAACAGGUCAACACGCUGCACAGGGAAGCCAAGAAAUUUAGGACACGUUUAUGGGGCGACAGACCCACGAACAGUCACUGUUGCCCCCCACAGGACACAGAGAGUUGUGACAGAAUUGCAUCCUGGGAUCUAGAUGAAAUGGAGUCUCAUGUGGAGAAGACAAACACGUACAAGAAGAUCUUCAACGAGGCAGGGGCUCCUAUCAGCGGACACCAGAAACCUCCAUGAGGACAGAAGCUUGGAGCCUGUACUCAUCUGUGUUUUCUCUUCCCACCUUCUGCAAAACCAAACAUAAUGACAAGAUGUUUGCGUGUGUGGUUAGCUAUGCUGAAUGCUUCCCAGUCAUUGUGUGAAAAAAUAAAAAAAUAAACAAAAACAGAUCACAAACAGCACAAACAGACCCUGUAGAAACCAUACAUAAACUUGUCCGUCUUUCACAAUUGCUCAUCUGUCAUGAAGGACGUCGUCUUGACGACAGAUGAUGAAAUAAAUCCUGUGAUAGCUGGGCUUCUGUCCUUUUUUGCCGUGACAGAUGCACAUCAUAUGUGCCUGUGAGUAUCUGUUCACAUUUGGCAGUAAUUGUCCAUUGUUUAAAACCUUGUAAUCACCACUACUUUGGGGAGCAACAGCACCUGAGAAUGUGUCUUUUUUGCGUGUUGCCAGUGACUCCUUGCAGAGGAACUAGCAGCUGGUCCACAGAGGAAACAAUAAAUGUGUUGUUUUGACCAACGUAACCUCAACUGAUUGUUUCCCCAUUGAGAUCUUGCAAUGUGUUGACUUUGAAGAUCCCAAUGGUUUUAUGAAUCUACUGACAUUUCCUUGUUAGGUGAUGAUAUUAGCCUCAAGCUAAUG